UAGUUUCGAAAAGAAAAGAGUUAACCUCACACUGUUAGCGUCUAUUAGGUUAGAAUGAAAAUAACAAUUUUUAAAUGUUAAUUAUUUAAAUAACUAUUAUUCUAGAUUUUUCGUUUAAGUUUUUUCAAUGAUCCAAAUAUCUGUUUUUCGCAACGAAAUAAUCACAGUGUAUAUAUUAUAUUUAUAAAUAAACAAUUAGAUUUUGCGGUAAAACAAGUUCAUUUGGAUUCAAAAGAAAAUUAAGUUAUUAAAAUGGCGAAAGUAGCCGCAGAAGUCAUAGAAUUAAUUUCCGACGAGGAAACGGAGGAUAGUAAAAAAGAUGAUAAACAAAAGAAAACAUGCAAUGCUAAUUGCAUUAAUUUUCAAUGUAAUUCUGGAGUGAAUAUGAAAAUAGCUCCUACUUUUGCUUGCACAUUUUUUGGAGCAAACACGGCCAAAAGGAAAAAGCGUUUAAUUUGCGAAAAAUGCCUCAAUGAUUCUAUACAGCAUCAGCAGGUACUCGUCAAUUCGUUUUUGGAUCGAAAGCCAUUAUUAAAAUGUGAAUUUCCGGAUCAUACAAUGGAAGUAGAAAUUUCAGACAGUGAUGAUUCUGAUACUGAGAGCAAAACGGAUGACAAUGAAGAUAAUUUUUUGCCAGAAGAUUUUCUCUUGGACCUCGAGCAAAAGUUAGAUGUAUCCUUGGCUUCUAUUAGUUCUAAAUUUGAUAUUAAAUUUCAAGUUGAGGAGGCACAAAAAUACCUUACGAAACAAUGGGACAAUAUUCAGAGUGACAACGAUAAAGUGGACGGAGAACUAAAAGACUUGAUGGGCAAACUCGACAAGCUGCGAAAUUCUCUCUAUGACGAAUUUAAACCAAGCAUUAAAAUGAUGGAAGAGCUUACGAUUUGUGACGGAGUACCAGAUAACAAUCAGUUCCCUCUUGUUGCGACGAAAAAAGUUACUCAAAUUAGAAAUACACCAACAGUACCUGUACCUGAUAAUCAACCAAUUAUUCUUGAGGAAAUUGAAAGAGACAAUGUAAAAGCAGCUGCCGAUUUGCCGCCACUUGGUCUUCUCGUAAAACCAGUUCCCGAUGUAGACACCCCUGUUCUGAUCAUGAAACACGCUUUGAUCCCAUGGUUAAAGGCUAAGGUUAUAGCGGUAGUCAACAAAAAUCCUACUCAAUACAAAGUGAAAUUAAACGCAAAAAAGCAUAAUCAAGCAAUGAAAAUUGUAUCCGGAAAACAAGUUGCCAUCGCUCAGCAGAGCAAUGUAAUUAUUCCGGUUUCAACUCGAGUUGUCGCUCUCUUUCAAGAUCUGAAUACAAACAAUUUUUACAGUGGUGUCAUUGCUGAACCUCCGAAAUCGACAAAUAAAUAUCGGUAUUUGGUAUUUUUCGACGAUGGUUACGCGCAGUACGUAAUUCACAAGAACAUUUAUCUCGUGUCGGAAAGUUCGCCGCAAGUUUGGGAGGACGUACCAAGUCCUUCGCGAGAUUUUGUGAAGAAGUACAUGGAGUCAUAUCCGGAGAGGCCAAUGGUGAAGUUGCAGACGGGUCAAGUGGUGAAGACCGAGUGGAAUGGAAAAUGGUGGAUAGCUCGUGUCAUACAAGUCGAUGCCAGUUUGGUACAAAUGCAUUUCGAUGCUGACAAUCGAACCGAAUGGAUUUACAGAGGUUCCGCGAGAUUGGGACCUCUUUACGUUGAGUUGCUCAAGGCGAAUGCAAGGCAACAGGGCAAUCAUGCCACCGCUAAUGCUCCGGCCCGUCAUCGCCUUCCACCCUCGUCAAAUAAACAAGGAAUGCCAUACGUCGAGUACACUUCAUCAACAGAUCAAGAUGAAUUCCUAAAUAGGAAAGCCGAUGUAAAACAAGUGAGCGCUCCCGCUGCGAAUAUUAUUCGGCCAAUUGAUAAAAUUACUCAUGAAACGCCAUUCAUUGCGCCACAACAGGCGCGAGCCGUGGCUAAGAAAAGUACCGCGAAAAAACCCGUCAUUCCUGAACCAACAUACAAUCCUCCGACUGAAACAAAACCCUCACACAGCAUUGUUUACUAUCAGACUCAGAACAGAACGAGUCCGAAGAGGUAUACACCGCACAGAUGUGCACCAAAAUGUCUCGACGGUUGUUCCUUCACGCCGGAGGAUUUAAAGGGAUACUCGCCAUUGUCAAUUCCAUUGCUUUGCGGUUGGAACAGACAAUUGUGUAAAUUCUCCAAGGGCAAGAAAGUCACUAUCUAUCAAUCUCCGUGCGGAAAACGACUUCGAAAUAUGGAAGAAUUGCACAAGUAUUUACGAGUCACGGGAAGUCCAAUGUCUGUCGACUUGUUUGAAUUUGAUCACUGGGUCCAUUGUCUCGCUGAAUUUGUCCUUGAUAAAUGUUUCGUUAACAUUAAGGAUCUCAGUUACGGAGCAGAAAACGUUCCCAUUCCGUGUGUGAACGAAAUUGAUCAUGCUCUGCCCGAUACAAUUAGAUAUAGUACCCAAAGAGAACCGACAGAAGACGUUCAUCUUAAUUUGGAUUCAGACUUUUUGUGCUGCUGUGAUUGCACUGACGAUUGUCAGGAUAAAGAAAAAUGUCAGUGUUGGCAAUUAACGAAUCAGGGAGCAACUCUUGGAGGUAGAGUUGCAAACACCGCUGUGGGUUAUAUUUACAAACGGCUACCAGAACCGGUAACAACCGGCAUUUACGAAUGCAAUUCAAGGUGUAAAUGCUCCGUGAAAACGUGUCUAAAUCGAGUAGUUCAACAUCCUCUGACGUUGAAGUUACAAGUCUUUAAAACCGCUCCCCGUGGUUGGGGAAUCAGAUGUCUCAACGAUAUUCCCCAGGGCUCGUUCAUCUGCAUCUAUGCAGGAAGAUUGCUCACUGAACAGGGAGCAAACGAGGGAGGUAAAAAUUAUGGCGACGAAUAUCUCGCCGAACUGGAUUACGUCGAGGUCGUCGAAGGAAUUAAAGAAGGCUACGAAGCUGAUGUCCUUGAUCCUGAAUUGGAACUAUCUAACGAUACUAGCCGAAAGGACAAUAUAAGCGAUGAAGACGACACCAGUAAGCCUUCCGGUUACGAGUCGGAUGAAGAUUUUGACAUCACUAAGUACCGGGACGAUCCCAACCUCAGAAUAAAAGACAUUGGAGAAGAUACACCUAUUCGUAAAAGAUUGCGAAAACGCAAAAGAGGUGAUAAAUCAAAGGAGGAAGAAGCUGAAGAAGAAAAAACAAAAUCAUCGAAAUCUAAAUCUGAGAUGAGGUCAUCAAAACCAGAUUUAGACAAAUCAGAAAGUAGAGAUUCAAAUUACGAUACUAUAACGCUCAGUGAUGAGGAUGAGUCGAAGCGGCGAGAACCCGGUAAACUCGAUUUGACUGUUGAAGCUCAAAUUGAUCGGCCGAAUUUCAAGUCCGUUCGAGACUUUUUUGGCGAAGAUGAGGCCGUUUAUAUCAUGGAUGCCAAAACCACGGGAAAUAUCGGACGCUAUUUGAAUCACUCCUGUGAUCCAAAUGUAUUCGUUCAAAACGUGUUUGUGGACACUCACGAUGUAAGAUUUCCCUGGGUGGCUUUCUUCGCUUUACAUUACAUCAGAGCUGGUCAGGAAUUGACCUGGAAUUAUAGUUACGAUGUGGGCAGUAUACCAGGCAAAAUGAUAAUAUGUAAAUGUGGUUCAUCAAAUUGCAGAGGUCGAUUGUUGUAAAUUUCACUUAUUCGUGAUUAACAAUUAUGAAAAAAGAUCUCUAAAGAAGUUUCAAGAAUAUUUUAAUUACUUUUGUGUGUGCACAUAUGUACGUUAUUUAUAAAAAAUAAAACAAUUAGUCAUUUUUGGGUUCAAAUCGUUCGCGAACAAAAAACAAUAGAAAUUAUGUAGUAAGUAAUUAAUUUCCACUGUUUUUGUAAAUACUUACUUUUAAAUUAUUAUCAUGUUUAUAUGUAAUUUGGCGAAAUAUCAAUAAAAAUAUGCAAAAAGA